AUGACUGGUAAGACGGUAGUGAUCGUUGGCGGCUCCAUCGGCGGCCUCGGCGUCGCCCACCGACUGCUGAAGCAUACCCUACCUCGCCACGAGGACCUCAAGGUCAUCAUCAUAUCCCAGAACAGCCACUUUUACUGGAACAUCGCCUCCGUGCGGGCCAUCAUCCCCGACGCCCUUGAGGACGAAGAGGUGCUGCAGCCCAUCGGCCCCGGCCUCGCGCAGUACAACCGGCCCGCGCACCCGUCCGCCGCCGAGUUCGUCCUCGGCACCGCGCGCUCCGUCGACCUCGCCGCGCGCCUCGUGCACGUCGACCUCGCCGCCACCGACGCGGCGCCCCUCGCCGUGCCCUACGACCACCUCGUCGUCGCCACGGGCUCGCGCGCCGCCACCCCCGGCAUGCCGUGGAAGGCCGGGGGCUCGCACGAUGCGCUGGUGGCCAGCCUGCGCGAGGUGAGCGCGCGCGUGCGCGUCGCCGCGGACGUCGUCGUCGCCGGCGGCGGCGCCACCGGCGUCGAGGUCUGCGGAGAGCUGCGCGGGGCGUACCCGGACAAGCGCGUGGUGCUGCUGGCCGGCGGCGAGGCGCUCGUCGGCGGCGACCCGGUGGCCGCGCCGGCUCUGGAGCGCGCGCUCAAGGGCAUGGGCGUCGACGUGCGCUUGGGCGUGCGCGCGGUCGACACGCGCGAGAUUGCGGGCAGCGGCCGGACAGAGGUCACGCUUUCCGACGGUACGACGCUCGUAACGGACUUGUACCUCCCGACGGUGGGCGUGACGCCCAACACGGAGUGCCUCCCCGGCGCGCUGCUGGACGGCAGGGGGUACGUCCGCGCUGACGAGUUCAUGCGCGUGUCAGGCGAGGACAACGUCUGGGCUGUCGGCGACGUCGUCGGCGAAAAACGCUCCGGAUUCCUCAUGACGGAGGCCCAGGUAUUUUUUCAGAACCCUCCGAAUGUCUUGUUCCGCGUGCCCGUGGGUAUUCAAGACCCCCGCUAA